AUGCCUCAUGUCAAUAGCGGGGGUGGCGGUGAUGAUUUUAGCAACGACGAAGUCAAAGUUUUUAAAGAUGAAGGAGAGGUAGAAAAAAAUUCAUCGGAAAAUUUGAAGGAAGAAAAAAGCGAUUUGAUUGAUCUCACGGAAUCCGAAUGCCUGUCGUCUUUUCUUCUUCUAAUCCGUUCGUAUUAUUAUCACAGGUUGUUGUUGUUGUUGUUGUCUUUAUUCGUUUGUAGAUCCGGUGGAAAAUGUGAUAAAAAUAAAUAA